GCUCUGGGUCACCCAUAUUGCAGCUAGCAGUUUUGAACGGAAAGACGGGGCCGGGUUUUGGACAGAAAUUAUAGAAUCAUGGUGUAUUGUCAUAGAGUAUUGCAAUCAAUACUCCAGUUAACUCAGAAAUCAUGCCGCCUAAAUAUCUACUACAUGUACGUGGUCACAGCACAUAGAGGAGUACAUUCAAGAAAUUCACAAGUACUGUUCAACUGUGUAAAAAGCAAAGAACACUUAUCAGCCUUGACCUGCAGGAACUUGCUUGCCACAAGGAUGCUUUCUAAAGAUGUGAAUUUAGAUGAUGAAUUUACUGUGAUCUACAAACUACCAUUCAUUCGUGCACUACGAAGCUUUUCAAGAGUGAAAAUACUACAAACAGCAAUCACUGUUGCAUCUAUCCCUCCAUUAUUAUAUUGUUAUAAUUCUGAUAUCAUUUCAUUGUACGCUACGAUGUAUUCCUUAUCACUGGCAGGAUUUGCUACUCUAAUGCUGUAUUCAACAAGUUUCUAUUCUAGAAGAAUUAUCGGAGUGAUGGCCAUCAACACAGACUUGACCAUGCUCCGUGUGUCUCACCUAACAUUCUGGGGUCAUAGAGUGGAUUUUACCAUUCCUGUUGUCAACGUGGUUCCCAGUCUGGAAGUGGGUGAUAGACCUCAUGAAACGUUAAGGAAAUUUAAGAAGUAUGGCUCUGAUGAGCUCAUGUAUUACACUUUGAGAUUUGGGUAUAUCUUGGACAAGGAGAAAUUUGAGUAUGUAUUUGGUGCACUCACUUGA